CUGGUAUGGAGGCGGGGGCUUUUGAGCAGCCAAUUUUAAUCACGACUCGUGUUCCCACGCCUCCUCAAGCCAUCGUCUUCAAAACGACUUAAUACGCACUCUGCUACCUGCGUAUACUCCUCCUCCUCGAGUCUGCAGUGGUCGUGCCCAGCAAUGCGUUGCCCUGCGAAGCACGGUGCCGUCCUCGGUCUGGUGGCUGCGCUCUUAACCCUGGCUCCGCUCGGAGCCGAAGAAUCCCAGCCACGAAGAUUGAGUCCUGCAGCAGCGGCAGGCGUCCGCCGGAGACCUCUGAGUGCUGCCCUCGCUGCCUCUGCCCUGCGCUCAUUGAACCAGACUACCGUUGCGGGGAACCAGCCUGGACCCGUCCUCAGCCUGUCUGAGCUCAGAGCCGCCUUCCCUCGUCUUCACCGAGACGUCUACGAGCUCAAAGUCGCGUUCCGUCUCUUCAGGGACGACGCUCAGCGUCGCCUCGAGUCUCUGGGGGCCGCUCACGAGAACCUCACCACGUCUUCCGUCGCCAGCCGCGACCUGGUGGCACAGGUGCGUGAGUUCAAGAGAAGCGCACGCAAGCAGGCCACGGACUGGGAGCUGCGCCUGUCGGCCCUCGAGGCCGUCUUGGACGGGGUGCAGCGUCGAAUGUCAGCUGAGGGCGCCCAGGCCGUAGCGCGCCUCGCCAACGCCACGGCCGAGCUACGGAAUGCCGGGGUCGCGGCGCGCACUGAGGAGGCGGGCGCUUUGCGGCGUGCGUUGGACGCGCUGGAGAGGCAGGGACGUGCUCGCGACAUGCGACUCCAGACGCUGGAGCGGGCGGUGAACGAGUCUCUGACGGCCAGAGGCGGGGGCAGAAGGAAGGCUGGAGGAGGGGGAAGAAGGGGGACGGCGAAGGGGACCCAUCGCGGAGAGCCGAGGAGACACGUCGGCGUGUGCAACGUGAAGGCCGCCCUGCGCUUCCCCGCCGCCUCCGUGUCCAGCGCGGCCUCGUUCCGCAAGGGCCUUUCGUCGCCGCUGAGCGCCUUCACCGCCUGCUUCUGGCUGCGCACGAGCGCCGGCUACGUGGGCACCGUGCUGUCUUACGCCACGGAGGACAACGACAACAAGCUCGUGCUGUAUGGCCGCGCCGAGGGGGAGGGCCGUCUCCAGCUGGUCAUCGGCGACCCCGAAUACCGCGAGCUGCCGGCAGCCGCCCUGCUCGACGGCGGCUGGCACCACGCUUGCGUCAUGUGGUCCUCGGCCGAGGGGCGCUACGCCUACUACGUGGACCGCAGGCUGGCCGCCGCGGGGUCGGGGUUCAGGCGCGGCUACGCCGUGGCAUCGGGCGGCUCGCUGAUGUUAGGCCAGGAGCAGGACGCCAUGGGUGGUGGCUUCGAGAGGCACGAGGCGUUCGUGGGAUCGCUGGCCGGGUUCGCGCUGUGGACGCGCAGCCUGGCGCCUGGGGAGGUGUCGGCGCUCGCCAGGGGUGGACAGCUGCCGAUGGAAGGGGUGGCGCUCACGUUCAGUGACCUGGGAAAGCUCUCGGGCGAUGCCAAGCUGGUGCAGUGUGACUGCUUGGAUGACUGCUGAGGACACCAGAGGGGCGUGGGUUAGGUUGGCGCUGAAAAUGAAGCAGAAUGGGGCCUUUUCUACAAUGUCACCACGGCUAUGGAAUCUGCUUCCUGAUCAUAUAGCUUCCUGUGCAAAUGUAUCGCAGUUUAAGAGGUUGAAACGUCACCUGUUUCAUAUAUAUUAAGGGUACAAUGAUGCCACUAUACAUGAUUUGUUCUGUGUUCGUUUUAUUAUAAUAUACUCCAGUGUAUAAAACGUUGCUGAUUGUGUUUGAACAAUGUUGUGACAAAGUUUGUGUGUGCUACUACCUUUGUGCAGUGCUCUGUUCAAUUGUGUUUCUUAAUUAUUAUUGGCACUUCAGGGCUUGUUCAAUAGUUGUGUGUAGCACAACAUCAAGGAAUAUAUGUUGAUGAUCCAAAUUAGACUUGCCACUGGGGUCCCCGAGGUGAGGCUGUCUCAGGUCAAUGAAAUCAGUAACAUGAGAUAUGAUAUAAGGCGCUUUGAGAUGCUGUGGCAUUUAAUUGCUGUAUAAAUAUAUAUGUUUAACCUUAUAUUCUUGGUUCUUUCGGUAAAGUCACGUAGAAGGGGAACAAUAAAAUAAAAAAAUAAAAAAAAUAUAAAAC